AUGAAUGACAAGACGUUCUCCAUUUUGGUGGGCAUCUUCUCUAUCCUCAGCACCAUUCAGUUCCUCAUCUUUGACUUGAACGAGCGUACGUUCAUUGGCUACGAGGAACGGUUUAACGUCUACACGAACGGGUCUGCGAUAGCCACUUGGGUCUUGACCAACAAAAAGAACAUCUGCACCAGCCUAUCCACCAUCACCGUCCUAGUCAGCGCCUUCCUCAUCUACUGCAUCCACCUGAACAUCUACCAGGGGCUGCUGUGCUAUGCUCUAUGGGUCAUCGCCUACGAGAUCACCAACUUCUCCAUGGUCCUUCUCCUCAACGGAAUCAUCAUAGAGCAGUUCAAGGAACUGGGCUACGUGCACUUGGUCUUCCAGAUCUCCCGCAUGCUCCUGCACUUCUUCUGCCUGCCCUUUAUUCUCAAGCACACCUACAUCCUUUAUAGGGACCCCAAGAGUUUCAGCAAGAUCAGCCGCCGCAGGCUCUCCUCCAUCACUACCCUGGACUCGUGGUCCCCCGUCGCGCCGGGGAUGAUGUACCGCAAGUUAAACUGA